CGAUGAUCUAGUGCCACGAAUCCCCAAAAAGGAGCUGCCACGGCUCUCCAUGCAUCGCUGCUCAUGGCUGCGGCCGUUCGAAGCCGCGCCAGCCGGACGCCCUUCUCGGUGGAACAGGAGCCAUAUGAUGACGCUCAGGGCUUUCUGGACUUCACGCACCAGGGCCGUCAUGGCCAUCGCAUCCCAUGGAAGCAGUAUGGAGCCCUGGCUGUGUGGUUUGUCCUGCUGCUGAUCCAGUACUGUGUGGUUCGAGUUGUGUGCCAGUUGCAGAUUCCACGGGAUUGCCAUCCUGACAGCAGCUUGUUGGAAGUGAUGUAUGACUUCCAAGUGAUGUUUGUUAUGGGCUUCAUGUUAGCCAUCCUCACGGGUGUCCACAUGCCCGAUCGGUUUGCUUACCUUUUCUGCUUCAGCCGUCCCAAGCCACGGGGCUGGGUCUUUCUGGCUGUGAUGCUGCUCAUCGGGCCCGCUUGGGGCUCCUUGGAUCACAUCGAAGUGCUCUCGAGGAUCUCCUUCACCACCGAUUUCUUCAAAAAAAGUGUGGUGAACUGCUUGAUUGGAGUUGGUGUGGGAGCUUUCGCCGUCUUCCUCCUCGGUUGGCAUUUCUACUGUGCUUGUCGUCAUAAUCCACUCUCAGGCUUCCUCGCCUAUACCUGCAGCCGCUUGGCCAUCUGGAUAUUCUAUGCCCUUUACCUCUAUGUGGCGGCCAACACCGCGGGUGUUUAUGUCCACCUCCAUCACUACAUCAUCGGCUUCCUUUGUGCGAUCCUGGCGGAGUUCAAUCAUCCGAUCUCUCUCCUUGUGCUCGCUGGAGGCACUGGUAUCUUUGUGCAGGGCAUUUCGGCCUACGAUGCAGAUCCGGUCAUCGAACGUCUUCGGCUCUUCUUCUGACGGAGCUGCUAGGCGUGUGCUGGUCUGCUGCGCAUCGAUCGCUGGGGUGGAAAAGAUGCGGCCGGAUUCAACGUGCAGAACCCAAGAGAACCACUAUGAACCACGG